UGCCAGGCUGAGUGGGACGUCGGCUGUUGCGCCCAGUUGCCAAACGAUAGAAAAAGGUCUUCACAUUUCGACAACAUUUUACAUGCACGCAUAUGUACGGGACCGAGGAAAAUAACACCUAAAGCAAUUUCAAGUGGCUUCGAAGCGGUCGGAAAAACCAUGCUUAUCAGCAGUUGACGGCGGAGGAGGAAACUAUACUAGUUGUCGCUGUUUUUGUAUAGUUUCACUCGCCUUUUUUCUUGCUUUUUUCAUUGGUUUGAAGGGGAGCACCUAAACCCACGACCGGAGAACUCUGCGUUCACCUUCCCCGUUUUACUGCCUCGUUGUUUUUGUUUUGCCGCAGUAAAUUCGGAUCUUUAAAAAAUGUGCACUUGCGGGAAAUGUAACGAAGUACAGACUGACGUGGACAAGCUGUUAUGAAACACCUGCUUGUUAUUUGGGCAGUUUACGUUUUAGAUUAAUCUAGAUUUUUAAACGGCGAUCUUUAAUACAGUGAUUGUGAUUGCUCCAGCCCACGGCGGCGGAGCCAUUUGAUCGACAGUCGGACCGCGGAGUGACAGCUUCUACCCCUGAAAUGCUCAACAACGACCGAUGCUACUCCAGUCUUUUGCCCCGUAUUCGUCGGAGUUGUUGUGAAAUGAAACUUUACCCCACAACUAAUUGAUGGGUUGCUCCGCAUCGCCUGCUCCUUUUGUUUUGUGCCGUGUCGCACGUAAGCGUUUGAUCCCUGAAGAGGAAUUUUAAGAUACAUAUUAUUAUUAUUUUAAGUGUCAAGGAAAUGGCAACUGCACUCAGCGGACGGAAUCCCGGCGGCCGCGCUCCAAACGCACGCAAAGGCGGGAUAUUAGGCUUCAUUGACGCGAUCCAGGACGCCGUGGGGCCGCCGAAACAGGCCACCGCCGACCGGCGCACGGUGGAGAAGACGUGGAAACUCAUGGACAAAGUGGUGAGACUUUGCCAGAACCCCCGGCUGCAGCUGAAAAACAGCCCCCCUUACAUCCUGGACAUCCUACCCGACACCUACCAGCACCUGCGCCUGGUGCUCUGCAAGAACGAGGAACCUCAGAAACUGGCCCAGCUCAGCGAGAACGAAUACUUCAAGGUCUACAUCGAUAGCCUCAUGAAGAAGUCCAAGCGAGCAAUCCGCCUCUUCAAGGAGGGCAAGGAGAGGAUGUACGAGGAGCAGUCGCAGGACAGGCGGAACCUCACCAAACUGUCCCUGAUCUUCAGCCACAUGCUGGCCGAGAUCAAGGCUAUCUUCCCCAGCGGCCAAUUCCAGGGCGACACCUUCCGGAUCACGAAAGCUGAUGCCGCCGAGUUCUGGAGGAGGUUCUUCGGUGAAAAAACCAUCGUGCCCUGGAAGCUCUUCCGCCAGUGCCUUCACGAAGUCCAUCCCAUCACCUCUGGCCUGGAGGCCAUGGCCCUCAAGUCCACCAUCGACCUCACCUGCAACGACUACAUCUCCGUCUUUGAGUUCGACAUCUUCACUCGGCUCUUCCAGCCCUGGGGAUCCAUCCUGAGGAACUGGAACUUUCUGGCCGUGACUCACCCGGGCUACAUGGCCUUCCUGACCUACGACGAAGUGAAGGCACGGCUGCAGAAGUACAUCAACAAGCCCGGCAGCUACAUCUUCCGGCUGAGCUGCACCCGUCUGGGCCAGUGGGCCAUCGGCUACGUCACCAAUGAUGGCAACAUCCUGCAGACCAUCCCGCACAACAAGCCGCUCUUCCAGGCUCUCAUCGACGGCUACAGGGAAGGCUUCUACCUUUUCCCGGACGGCCGAAGUUACAACCCCGACUUGACCGGGCUGUGUGAGCCCGCACCUCAUGACCACAUCAAAGUCACACAGGAGCAGUACGAGCUCUACUGCGAGAUGGGCUCCACCUUUCAGCUGUGCAAGAUCUGCGCCGAGAAUGACAAGGAUGUGAAGAUUGAGCCCUGCGGACACCUCAUGUGCACUUCUUGCCUCACCGCCUGGCAGGACUCAGACGGGCAGGGCUGUCCGUUCUGCCGGUGUGAGAUCAAGGGCACGGAGCCCAUCAUCGUGGACCCGUUCGACCCGCGGAACGAUGGUGCCAAGUGCUUCUUCAUGGAACACUUCGCCUCGCCCAUGUUGGACCUGGACGACGACGACGACCGCGAAGAGCCGCUGAUGAUCAACAGCCUGGAGAGCAUCCGGAAGUGUACGGACCGUCAGAACUCCCCGGUGAUGUCGCCCAGCUCGUCCCCGGUGACCCACCGGCGGAAGCCACUGCAGGACCCAGCGAGCAUGCAGCACCUCAGCCUACCCCCGGUGCCACCCCGCUUGGAUCUCAUCCAGAAGGGGGCAAUCCGCUCACCGUCGGCCAGUCCCACCGGCUCCCCCAAGUCUUCUCCGGGGAUGUCUAGGAAGCCAGACAAGCCCCUCCCGGUUCCACCACCCCCUCUUCGUGACCCACCCCCACCGCCGCCCCCUGAGAGGCCGGCUCUGAUCCCCCCAGAUGGUCGGGCGGCCUGGGGCCCCCUCCCUGGUGCGGGCCUGCCACGUGAUCCGCAGCCGGGCCCUGAACCCUGGUGUCCCAAAGAGAGCCCCCUGGUGGCGGUUGACCGCUCCCCGAAACUGGGCCAUGCCGCACCCUCCCACCUCAACGGACGGCCUGUGCCCUUCGCCCCCAGUGAUGGUGGUUUCGGCAGGCAGCACCACAGAUUGGAGGCGCUAGCCGACAUGGCCAAGACCUUCCCCAAUGGGCCCCUGACCAGCGAGGAGUACGACGUCCCCCCGCUGCGGCACUCCCCGCCCCCUCCGGCCCUCACCCAAAAGAUCCCCAAUCCAUUCGCAAACCUGUUCACCGAGAGGCUGCGGGCGGCACCGGACCGGGACGAAGACCAGUACCAGAUCCCGUCAUCUCACGCCGUGGUCUUGAUCCAGCCUUCGGUCGCAGUCCGGGUUCCCUCCAGGGGUCUGGAGAACGGGCAGGUGAGCAACGGCUCCUCUGAACAUGUCGGUGAUGGGAGGAAGCACAAGGCCGUGGAAAACGGUGCUCAGUUUGACUUUGGGCCGCCGCCACGUGCGGUGCUCUUACCCUCCAACAACCGGACACCCUCAGACUACGAUAUCCUGCUCCCCCCUCAAGCAGAGGAUUUCUUCAACCCUCCUCCAUUGCAGCCUCCGCCGCCUCCACCUGUGCGACACAGCUUCACAGAACUGUCAUCUUCGCCGUCAUUCUCGCGGACCCACAGGCCCGUCUCGGACCCAGACCCAUACCUGCACGGUUCUGAUCCAUUCCUGGACAUGCUGAGCGGCGUGGGGCCGAUGCCCCCAGCGAGGAGGCAGACCGGGGACGGCAUGGUGAAGCCCCCGCCACGGCCACUCCAGGAGUAUGACCAGCUGCCCCCCACCUCAGCCGCGGUGUCCGCAGAUGGCAUACAGGCACCCGCCAGGCCACCUAAGCCCCGCCCCCGGAAGAACCCCCCGGACGUGCACCAGAGGAAGGGCCACGGGCAGGAGCCAGACGGCGAGAACGUGGACGCCAAGAUCGCCCAGCUGAUGGGAGAGGGCUACUCCUUCGAGGACGUCAAGCGGGCCCUGAUGAUUGCCCAGAACAAAGUGGACGUGGCACGGAACAUUUUACGGGAGUUCGCCCUGGUGCCUCCCAGGCUCAACCACUAAGCCGGCGAGGGUCUCCCGUUCCAGUGAGCGCCCCCCGCAGGAGGGAUAGAGACUCGGAUGUGCAGCGUCGGCACUGACGGUGGUCAGGGAUCCAAAACAAUCUGGCGUGAAUGUGGCUAUCUGAUUACAGCCACCUGGUUCUGGUUCUGGAGAAUCGGGGUCCUUGGGGGCAGAACUGUUUACUUAUGGAAACCUGUGAAAAAGGAAAAACAAAACUCAUUGUUUACAGUGAACAGCUGGUUCCUUGUCACUGCUGUGUGCUGGCUUUACUGGUAUAGCCCCCACCCCCCCCCUCCCUCUGCAUCCUGUUAGUUCAGGGGUGGCUAGUGUGUGCAGGUCACUACUGUUUUUGCUGCUGGUGUUGGCUCAAGGUCCCCCACCCCCCUCGCCAUCAUUUGGCCCCCCUCCACUCGCCCAUUGCUCCCUGCACACCUGGUCUGCUCUGAAUGUCGAGCGCAAACCUCUCGGUUUUAUACUUUUAUUUUUCAUUAUUACUUUUAAAGAGCCGGCGCGUUCUGCAGAGCUUGAGUGUAUGUAAGUAGCUUCUAAAAUCGGAGCAGCUUCAACCUUUUCAAAAAAAUGAAAAGGGGGGGGGAGAAAAGAAACCAGGGGCGACGCCCUUCUGUGCCGCGAUUUGAGAACGAGACCCUCAGUGGUUUGUGAGGCGGCUUCAAAAACCGAGGCAUCCUGCAGCGGAAUGGCGCCCUCUGCUGGCCGCACACACAGGCUGCUGUUGGCAGCUUGUGCAUUUGAACUCUCAAAAGGCCACCGCCCCCCCACUCCCCCCCGACCCCACUCCUAUGAACUUUCCCCAGUGGCAUUUUCUGAAUGUACUGCCAGCCAUUGUACAGAUCAGGCUGUUCGCCAUUAAACGAACCUCUGAAUGUACUCAUGGGGGGGAUGAUACCAUUUUUCCAGCCACAUUAGAGCUACUGCCAAAAAGGAAGUGGGGGUACCCCCCCCCCCAAUCCCGGACUGACCUUUCUUCUUGUUUUAAUUGCUGUUAUCUUGACGUUGACGUUUCUUUCUGAGAACGGGGGUGGGGAGUGGACCUGGUAAACUGGGUAACUUCAUGAUGUGCCAAAGUUGGGGGGGGGAGUCGUACCGUGGCCCCUGGAAGGUUUAGCAGUUCCUAUGGGCACACCCCCGCAUUUACAGAUUGUACAACCUGCCUACGUCGAGGCUGGGGCCAAACCUUGUGCACUUUAAAGACAAGGAAGAUGGACUCCUGGGUCACAUGACCCUAAGAGCUGAACCGGACUCUGAUGCGUCUCUUGCCAAUAACCACUAGACCAGGCAUCCAAGACAGGAGAUUCCCUCCUGCUAUAAUAAACCGGAAUACCAUGUACAGAGACGCAUUGCAGAAAACAAGCAUAAAGCAGCAUUUGUAUGAGAAACCGCUCCUCGGAAACGUGAUUCACUCUUUUGAGGACAUUUACAUGUUCAGUGUGACGUCACAUGAUGAUUUUUUUUCUUUUUUGCAGUAAAAAGAAUGCACAUAUUUAAUAUUCAGUGUUUUUGUUUCGGUAAAACAGGCCUGGGUUCACCCUGGAAAAUCGGCUGUUUUUUGGUAUUCUUUAUAAACGCUGCUUUUCUGUAGUCAGAGAAAACGAACGAGCCAGUUUAUCAGACAGGAGUCUGAAACGCGGACGCCUCUGAGCGCUCGGCCCUCAGCCUGUCAGCGUUCGUUCAUCACGAUUUCUUUGCCGUUGUUUAUUUUUACCAGCCGCGUUCGAUUCCCCAUGUUCAGGUUUUAUAAUAACUUGAAGCUUCAUUUUUGCACUGGUCCCAUUUCCCUGUCGUAAACUUGAAACGUGUCUGGCCGAUGCCGGCUGACCCACCCCUCUCUCCAGGUCGGCAGUCUUCGGGUUGCAGUAAAUGUUUUUUUUUCCUUCCUUUUCCUAUUUUUGUAAAGUUUUUUUUUUGUCAAAAUGCUCUGUGUAACAUAUAAAAGCAGUGGUGUGCAAUUAAUUUAUACUUUAUUAAAGCAUUCUAUUGAUAUUU